CUGCUGGGGUACUUCGAAAUACGAGAUCAGACAAAUCCGAGAUCACAAUCCUAGACCAGGAAAGAGCUAAACAUGUAAUGCCACUGUCAGAAGCAGAAUCUAAAUGGACACAUAGCAGGACAUCACUUAUAUUUGUUCUCAGCAUUCAAACUCAACGCCCAGAAAAGUUGCUUUAUUUAAAUCAUCAUCAGCAGCGGCACAUGCUUCUUAUUGAUGACUUCGAAAAGAGUCCUCGCGUCUGUGCUGGUUCUGUGUCUCAGUAUGCUUAGAGUGGCUCCGAUCAUUCUACACACCACACCUACGCCCCAUCCCCAAACGGUAUAAAAGCGAAAAAUCCGCUUCACGAAUGCCAAGAUUUCAAGCGGACCUGAGAAAGUGGACAGCCCUUUGUGUACCGGCUAAACUGAGUGGCGCAUUUUCAAGCGAUUCCCGUGCUUAUCACGGCAGGUGGUUACGAAGCUAGUUUGCCGUCUGUAGGUAAAAUAAGAAAAGAAGUACAUUGAGACAUUUGCUUAUUAUGCACGGCGGCACACUUGUGGAGAGCAGCUCCAACAAUAAUACAUUUUUAAUAAGGGUGAAACAAACCCUCUCCAAGUGGUCCUGCUGAGGCGCAGCCAGGUAAAACCAACUACCGGGGACGACGGAGGGAGAUCGAUCCCUGGAAAUUUGGAAGGAUUUGUGGGAGCAGCAAAAACAUUUUUUGAUACUCGAGUUCACGAGUACGCUUUUGCACGACCACGGAAAAGUGCUGUUCGAUGGUAGGAAUGCGUUCUGGAAGGUGGCUCCGAUCUGCGCUUGACACAGAGUGAUGGAAGAUUUUUCCACUUCUACGACUGUUGACGGCAGUUCAUACCUCUCUGAGGUUGACCACAGCAACAGAUCCCUGAGCAAAUGGGAAAACUAUACCUUCUCUUCCUAUUAUCAGCAUUCUUCAUCUGUGGCAUCCUUAUUCAUUGUAGCCUACGUCUUCAUCUUUCUGCUCUGCAUGGUGGGGAAUAGUCUUGUCUGCUUGAUUGUGCUGAAGAACAAAAAAAUGCGGACGGUCACCAACAUGUUCAUUUUGAACCUAGCAGUCAGCGACUUGCUAGUGGGCAUUUUUUGUAUGCCCACCACCCUUGUGGACAACCUGAUCACAGGCUGGCCAUUUAACAAUGCCGUGUGUAAGAUGAGCGUCAUUCAAGGGGCCUCAGUUUCAGCCUCUGUUUUUACUCUUGUAGCCAUUGCAGUUGAGAGGUUCCGCUGCAUUGUCUAUCCCUUCCAUCAAAAGCUCACUUUAAAGAAAGCUCACAUUACAAUAAUAAUCAUCUGGGUUUUGGCACUAAUCAUGAUGUCCCCGUCUGCUGUCACUCUGACUGUUGUAAAAGAAGAGUACCAUUUUAUGGUUGAUGAGUUCAACAAUACAUACCCUUUUUACACUUGCUGGGAAGCCUGGCCGGAUCAUGAGAUGCGCACCAUCUAUACAACCAUAUUAUUCUCCCACAUUUAUCUUGCACCACUGAUCCUGAUUGUUAUUAUGUAUGCUUGGAUUGCUGUUAAACUUUUCAGGUCACCAGUCCCUAUAAGGGAUGGACACACUGAAGAUCAUGAUGGCCAUCGAGUCUCUAGGAAGAAGAUUAAAGUCAUUAACAUGCUCCUGAUUGUAGCUUUGCUCUUCAGUUUGUCCUGGUUGCCUCUCUGGACUCUGAUGCUGCUGACAGACUAUGGGAAGCUGACAGCAAGUCAGCUCAAUCUAGUGACUGUAUACAUCUUUCCAUUUGCACAUUGGCUGGCGUUCUUUAACAGCAGUGUCAACCCUAUUAUUUAUGGCUAUUUCAAUGAAAACUUCAAAAGGGGGUUUCAGGCAGCUUUCAAGUUUCAGUUGUGCUUUGCAGAAAUGGAGCAUCAUGAGACUUAUGAAACAAGGGCUAGCGCUGGAAACCACAACCGAAUAUUUGUGGAAGUUCAACCUAACAUACCCAAGGAAGACAAAAAAGUGGAGAAGACGUUAAUGUUUGGUCAGAGAAAUGGGAAAGUGUCUCAUGGGCUGGUGGUGGACAGAUUUAAUAAAGACUGUUUGCAUAGCAAUAAGAGUGUGUCAGCCUGGGACAGAUAAAUUUCCUCAGCUUUUUUUGUAUUCUUAACACAAAAUGAUAAAUUAUGGGAGAAAAUCCUAAAGUUCAAGGUGAAUGCCUUCAUGAUUUUCUGUAUUAUCACUAAGAAGACUUAAUUACAGGACCUGGUGGAAUACUCAGAUUAACAGACUUUGUUUUGUGUAUUACUCCUUGAAGGUGCUUUAUUAGUACUAUGCGAAAAUAAAGUUGUUU